AUGAAGUCAGAGUGGAAGCAGCUUCUGCUUAUUGCAGGCUUCAUAUCGCUGCACAAAUGCUCAAGAGUAGUGAGCCUGUAUUCACAUGAGGGCGUCUCGUCUUCUCUCGAAGCGGGUGGGGCGGCGGCCACAGGCGUGGCUUUGUACUACCUUCUCAGAGAUGACGGAUCAGGCCGCAAGGAGAAGGAGUCUGAAGUGAGGAAGUUGAGCAGGAAUGACGCAACAAAGGAGCAGGUGUUGAUGGUUCUGCGAGAUAUUUUAAGUACCCAAGAGAAGAUGAAGGGAUUGAUGAAAAAGUUCACCCAGAAGUUUUUUGAGGAGGAAUGCACUUUUGAGGAGGCGUGCGCCAUGGUAGCGAAGCAGCACCCGGAGGAUCCCCUAGGCCGUUAUGGGCUGACAAUGGCGACCUUUGAUGGGCUUUUAGACAAGUUUCAGCAGGACCCAGAGGUGAAGGAGGCCGUACUGAGCAUAAUGGGCUCCGCAUCAACUCCAAACCCCACGCCGGCGGCCUAUCAGAUAUCAACGGAUCAUCUGAUAAAGGUGCACGAGUUUAUGCGGGACGAGCUUCAGAGCUUGGCAGCGGAGGCAGGGUCGUGGCCGAAGGCUGACAUCAAGGUCAUAACUCUGGCUGCUCAGGCUUAUGUUGGCGCAAAGGUACAGAAGAAAUUCGGGCUAACUGGAGAAGAUAUAGAGGGAGCAGUGCUUCUCAACCACAAGGACCUUUCAGCGAAUGCGAAUUUUACACUUGUGAAUAUGGCAAUCCAAAAGACGAUGAAUGAUCUGGUAGACGCAGACGCAUGA